GAGGACCAGAAAGCCAUGAGGGGCAAUGUGGCGGUCUUCAAGUGCAUUAUCCCUACCUCAGUGGAGGCCUACAUCACUGUUGUGUCCUGGGAGAAAGACACAAUGUCAAUCAACGCUGAAAUGUCACGGUUUCUCAUCACAUCCACGGGAGCCAUGUAUAUCCUGGAUGUGCAAAUGGAGGACGGGCUGUACAACUACAGGUGUAUGACACGCCACCGGUACACAGGAGAGACCCGACAGAGCAAUAGUGCCCGCCUCAUUGUCUCAGACCCCGCCAACUCAGCACCACACAUCCUGGACAGCUUUGAGCGGCGCGAGGUGAUGACGUCUCAUCGGGUGGAGUUGCCCUGCAAGGCCUCCGGGCACCCCGCACCUAAAUACCGCUGGCUAAAAGACAACCGGCCGCUGGAGCCCGACACUCGCUUCAGACAGAGUGUGACAGGCCUGCUGAUCGAGAGAGCGCAGUCCAGCGACACAGGGACAUAUGUGUGUGAGGUGUGGAAUGGCUACGGCAAUGCUGAGGUGGUCGGCAUGCUGCUGGUAAAAGAGUCCCUGAAGGUCGUGGUGAGCCCCCGGAAGGUGAAGGGCAGCGUGGGAAGCCAGGUUUCACUGUCGUGCAGUGUAACCGGCUCCGAGGAGUACCAGUUGUCCUGGUACCGCAACGGAGAGCUCAUCUACCCCAGCAACAGCGUUCGCAUGACAGGCCAAAACAGGGAAAACCUGGUCAUGGCCGGCAUGGCCAAGAGCGAUGGAGGAGCCUAUCAGUGUUUCGCCAGACAUGGCAAGAUGUCCGCCCAGGACUUUGUUCAAGUCAUACUGGAAGAUGGCACCCCCAAGAUCCUGGCUUCAUUCAGCGAGAAGGUCUACAACAUCAACGAGUUUGUGUCGCUGACGUGCACGGUGAAGGGCACGCCGGAGCCCCGGGUAACGUGGACCCUGGACGAUGAACCCGUGGUGCGGGACAGCCGCCAUCGCAUCUCCCACUACACCAACGGCGAGGGCCACGCGGUCAGCCACCUCAACAUCAGCCAGACCCAGGUGCCCGACGGAGGGGUGUAUCGCUGCAUCUGCAACAACUCGGCCGGGACAGUUUCCUACCAGGCGCGAAUAAACGUAAGAGGGCCUGCCAGCAUCAGACCAAUGAAAAACCUCACUGCCAUCGCUGGGCGGGACAUGUACAUUCACUGCCGCGUCAUUGGCUACCCGUACUACUCCAUCAAGUGGUACAAGGACUCUAAUUUGCUGCCAUACAACCACCGCCAGCGGGCCUUCGAGAACAACGGCACCCUGAAGCUGUUUGACGUGCAGAAGGACGUGGAUGAAGGCGAAUACACGUGCAACGUGCUGGUGCAGCCACAGCUCUCCACACACCAGAGCGUCUACGUUACUGUGAAAGUUCCACCUACCAUCCACCCAUUUGAGUUCCCUCGGUUUUCCAUCGGCCAGCGAGUCUUCAUCCCCUGCGUGGUGAUGUCCGGCGACCAGCCCGUCUUCAUCACCUGGCAGAAGGACGGUCGGCCCAUCCCGGUCAGCCUUGGUGUCACCAUCGACAACAUCGACUUUACCAGCUCCCUGCGUGUCUCCAACCUCACACUGAUGCACAACGGCAACUACACCUGCAUCGCGCGCAACCAGGCUGCCGCCGUAGAGCACCAGAGCCAACUCAUCGUCCGAGUUCCUCCCAAAUUUGUGGUGCAACCGAAGGACCAGGACGGCAUCUAUGGAAAGGCAGUGAUACUCAACUGCUCAGCUGAAGGCUAUCCUGUUCCUACCAUCCAGUGGGAGUACUCUAAAGGCGCCGGGGUCCCUCAGUUCAAACCCAUCGCCCUCAACUCAGGCUUCCGGAUCGAGGUGCUGGUCAACGGCUCUCUGUUCAUCAAGCAUGUGCUGGAAGAAGACAGCGGCUUCUACCUGUGUAGAGUCAGCAACGACGUCGGAGCUGAUGUCAGCAAGUCCAUGUAUCUCAAUGUCAAAAUCCCUGCCAUGAUCACAUCCUACCCCAACACCACGCUGGCCACGCAGGGUGAGGAGAAGAAGAUGAGCUGCACGGCUCACGGUGAGAAACCCAUCAUGGUCCGCUGGGAGAAGGAGGAACGCAUCAUCAACCCUGAGACCAGCCGCUAUGUGGUUUCUGUCAAGGAGAUGGGCGACGAGGUCAUCUCCACCCUGCAGAUCAUGCCCACAGUGAGGGAGGACUCCGGCUUCUUCUCCUGCCAUGCCAUCAACUCCUUUGGUGAAGACAGAGGAAUCAUACAGCUCACAGUGCAAGAGCCCCCGGACCCCCCAGAGGUGGAGAUCAGAGAAGUUAAGGACAGGACCAUUGCACUGCGUUGGACUAUGGGUUUUGAUGGCAACAGCCCAAUCACAGGCUUCGACAUUGAAAGCAAGAACAGAUCAGCUUCCUGGGAUACCGCCCAAAAGACCAAAGAUGUCUCACCUCAGCUCAACCAGGCCACCAUCAUCGACCUCCACCCCUCCUCCACCUACAACAUCCGCAUGUUUGCCAAGAACCUCAUCGGCAAGAGCGAGGCCAGCAACGAGCUCACCAUCACCACGGACGAAGCCGCUCCUGAUGGACCCCCUCAGGAAGUGCAGCUGGAAGCCCUCUCCUCCCAGAGCAUCCGUGUCUCUUGGCGGGCACCUAAGAAGCACCUCCAGAACGGAGCCAUCAAAGGCUACCAGGUGGGCUACAGGGAGUACAGCUCUGGUGGAAACUACCAGUUCAGUGUGAUCAGCAUAGAGACCACAGGGGACAAUGCAGAGAGCCUGGUGCUGGACAACCUGAAGAAGUUCACCCAGUACGGAGUCGUGGUGCAAGCCAGCAACAGCGCCGGGACGGGGCCCUCUUCCACGGAGGUGGCCGCCACCACGCUGGAAGACGUGCCCAGUCGUCCUCCAGAGAACGUCCAGGCCACUGCAACAUCUCCGGAGGUCAUCUCUCUGUCCUGGCUGACCCCUCCCAAAGAUGCUCUCAACGGUAACCUGGUGGGCUUCAGGGUCAUCUACUGGGCCAACCUGCCCGAUGGAGAGCUUGGAGAAAUCAGGAAUGUGACGUCCUCUAAGCCCUCGCUGGAGCUGGACGGACUGGAGAAGUACACCAACUACAGCAUCCAGGUGUUGGCCUUCACCAGAGCUGGAGACGGCGUUCGCAGCGAACAGAUUUACACCCGCACCAAGGAGGACGUUCCUGGGCCUCCGGCGGGCGUGAAGGCAGCCGCUGCAUCAAACUCAGUGGUGUUUGUGUCCUGGCUCCCUCCUCUCAAAGUGAACGGCAUCAUCAGGAAAUACACCGUGUUCUGCUCCAACCCACACCCCACGGUGAGCAGUGAGUUUGAGGCGGCCCCAGAUGUGUUCUACUACCGCAUCCCUAACCUGAGUAGGAACCGUCAGUACAGCAUCUGGGUGGUGGCCGUCACCGCCGCGGGCCGUGGAAACGCCAGUGAAAUCAUCACCGUCAAACCAAUGGCUGAGGCUCCGGCUCGGAUCCUGACCUUCAACAGGACUGUAACGACCCCCUGGAUGCGGGACAUUGUGCUGCCUUGUAAAGCAGUGGGUGAUCCAUCCCCAACCAUUAAGUGGCUGAAGGAGAUGUGAGUACAGUUGACUGUGUGUGUAGAGAUAAAUACCAAUGGAACCCCAGCACCUGUCGUGAUUGACAGCCGGCGCAGCGUCCAUGGCAACGGCAGCCUUGUUAUUCGUACGGUGAAAGCAGAGGAUUCUGGGAACUACACUUGUGUGGCCAGCAACAGCUUUGGCUCGGACAAGAUCGUCCUCAACCUGCAGGUUCAAGUUCCACCUGACCAGCCUCGCCUCACAGUGACGAAGACCACCACCACCUCAAUAACCCUCUCCUGGAUCCCUGGAGACAACGGGGGCAGCUCCAUAAGAGGCUACAUUCUGCAGUACUCGGAGGACAACAGCGAGCAGUGGGGCAACUUCGCCAUUAGUCCCAGUGAGCGCUCCUAUCGGCUGGAGAACCUCAAGUGUGGCACCUGGUACAAGUUCACACUCACAGCCCAGAAUGCAGUGGGGCCGGGACGCAUCAGUGAGAUCAUUGAGGCAAAGACCCAUGGGAAAGAACCUCAGUACUCUAAAGACCAGGAGCUGUUCACCACCAUCAACGCCACCCGGGUCAAGCUUAACCUGAACGGCUGGAAUAACGGCGGAUGCCCCAUCACCUCCUUCACUUUGGAGUAUCGGGCCGUGGAGGCGCCCGCAUGGACCACGGCGCAGCGCACCUCCCUCACCAAGAGCUACAUCCUGUACGACCUGCAGGAGGCCACCUGGUACGAGCUGCAGAUGAAGGUCUACAACAGCGCCGGCUACGCCGAGAAGAGAGUCAAGUUCGCGACACUCAGCUAUGACGGCAGUACCAUCGCACCGUUGGUGAAGGCGCCCAAUGUGAGCGAGGACAACUCCGGGGGCGGCGAGGGUUUGAAGAUGAUGGUGACCAUUUCCUGCGUGCUGGUGGGCAUCGUCGUCAUCUUCAUCGGGCUGCUGGUGCUCAGGAGGAGGAGGAGGGAGCAGAGGCUCAAGAGGCUGCGUGAUGCAAAAAGUUUGGCUGAGAUGCUCAUGAGUAAAAACACACGUCCAACAGAGCCAAUUAACAAACAGCAGCAGACGCUCCGCAUGCACAUUGACAUCCCCAGAGCUCAGCUCCUGAUCGAGGAGAGAGACACCAUGGAAACUGUUGACGACAGGUCCACUGUGUUACUGACUGAUAACGAUUUCGGGGAGACCCAGAAACAGAAGUCGUCCACAGUCACCCACACAGUCCACUACCAGUCCCUGUCCCAGGCCACCGGUCCACUGGUGGAUGUGUCCGAUGCCAGACCAGGAACCAACCCCACCGCCCGCCGCACGGCCAAAGCCGGCCCAGCUGCUCGCAACCGCUACGCCAGCCAGUGGACCCUGAACCGCCCACACCCCCCUGUCUCCUCCCACACUCUCAGCACCGACUGGAGGCUGCCCACCCCCCGGGUGGCGGGCUCCGUUGACAAGGAAAGCGACAGCUACAGCGUCAGCCCAUCUCAGGACACAGACCGAGCGCGGAGCAGCAUGGUGUCGACGGAGAGCGCGUCCUCCACCUACGAGGAGCUCGCCAGGGCCUACGAGCACGCCAAGAUGGAGGAGCAGCUACGCCACGCCAAGUUCACCAUCACCGAAUGCUUCAUCUCUGACACUUCCUCAGAGCAGAUGACGGCGGGCACCAACGACUACACGGACAGCCUGACCUCCAGCACGCCGUCCGAAUCGGGCAUCUGCCGCUUCACUGCUUCCCCGCCCAAGCCUCAGGACGUCAGCCGGGUCAUGAACAUGGCCGCACCCAAGGCCCACCGACCGGGGGGCGAGCUGGUUCACCUUCCUCCGUACCUGCGCAUGGACUUCCUGUUAAACCGAGGCAUGACCUGCUCUGGUUCAUCCAGGGGGACAGCUAGCGGGGAGAGGGCAGCCAUGGGCCAGGCCUGCCUGGAGCCCCAGAAGAGUCGCUCGCUGAAGCGGCCCUCGCGCAUGGCGCCCCCAACGCCCACAGAGGCCCCUCAGGCCAACAGGGACCCAGUGGCCCAGUGGCAGCCUGGCUCCGCAGCCACACUCCCCCACAGAGAGGGCUCGGAGCUGGCCCAGGCCGCCAAGCUCAGCACCUCCCAGGAGUCCCUGCUGGACUCGCGAGGACAUCUCAAACCGAGCAGCAACCCCUACGCAAAGUCCUACACGCUGGUAUAG